AUGGCCAGGUAUAAGAAAGCGACAUUCAUCGCUAUCUUCGGUUUGGGGGCAGUAACGUGCGUCAUCAGCAUUAUGCGCAUCUCCAUACUGUCGACAAUGAACUUUGCCGACAUCACCUACUCGAUUCCCCGUGCCAACAUCUUCAGCGGUCUAGAACCCUGUCUCGCUGUCAUCCUCGCUUCGGUCCCUAUGAUGCGCCCUCUCCUUGGGCGUUCAACAUACACACCUGAAGUGACAGCUUGCCCGUCGGAUAGGUCUUCAUCCGCGUCUAAAAGAUCGAGGUCUACCGACGAUAGCGAGUUUCAGCCGCUCAAGGAUGACUCGAGUGAGCUUUGUUUGCGGCCAGUUGGCCCAAAGCACGAGGUUGGCGUCGCAGUUGUGAAGUUCACAGACAUGAGAAAGCAAUGUUGCGGGGGCAAAACUUCUCUUGAAACAGAGCCAAUCCCGGCUAUAGAUCGGAAGCAUAAUACAAUCCCGUGGGUUACUGAUGCUCCUGAUUACUUCCAGGGUUAUGGGGCCAAGGCCAUUGGCGCUAAAGACGCGACAACAACCUAUGGAAUCAACUGUCUCUCGGACAGAACGGCUUGCCACAGAUUUACUCCAGAUCUGACCGUUAUCUAUGGACCUAGCACAUACGACAUGGUUGCCAAUGGCUACAAAUUCGAUUUUACCUCGGGUUGCACUCUCAUGGGGUCUCCAGCACCCACACGCGCAUCCUGCACAGAAACGAAGUCCUCGCAUGAAAAUAGUGCUAUCGACUCGGCCACAGUGCUUGUUCCAGCCACGGGUGCCGAUUCCACUCUCGGGGUUUUCCCAGCAACCUUGAUCGUGACCGAUACUGGAGAUUUCCCUGCGCCUACCGCCACUGAAACUACAGCCUCUGCCAAUUCCGAUGUUUCAACUGGCGAUGCAAUCUUGACUACUGCGCCUUUGACUCCAACUGGUAACCAGGUACUUCCAACCCCACCUCCCUCAUCUGGGUUGCUGAACUCGACAGCUAUAACAACUGGCGUCCCAACUUAUUUUGGGAAUGGAACUUCGCCAGCUAAUAAUCAUGGCGCGACAGUGACUGUCACUGUUCUGGCCAGCUCCAUUCCGUGUCACUGUGAAUGCGAUUGCAGACAAAAUCAGACUGCUCGUGCCACUGUCACCGUCCCGUUGGAGACGAAAAAUGACGCAGUCAAGACCGCUGCUCCUGUGGCAUUGUGUGGAGUUAUUGCCGGCGCUAUGUUCUGGAUUUGA